AUGGAUGAAGCAGGAAACAGCUCAGUUCUUGACACAUCAGAGGGAGCCUUAGUGGUGGAUCUAUCUCUUGGUACAGAUGACUCGCAGCUCACCGAUAUCUCGAGAUGUACACCCAGUGACUCAAAGACCACAGACACAUCAAAAUACACGACCGAUGAUUCAGAGCAAACUGAUGUCUUCCCGUGUACCAAUGAUGCCUGCAGGACAAGUGAAUGCAACAGAACAGAUUCACAGAGGUCUCAGAUUUCUGUGUGUUCCAACAGCGACUCUGAAGCGACUGACGUGAUGAGCGCUGACAAGCGAGGAGUGUCUGACAGAGGUUCAAAAGAGGGAUUAGCGGCCCAUACAGAAGAGCACAGAGGUCCAAAAGAGGAAAAUCAGACCCACUGGCAAAGUGAGAGGCCAACAGUAGCGAGCGAUGAGGACGUAAUACAUAGCAGUAAAUACACCCCCCAGAAAGUGGACCUCCGAAUGGCGCAACUGGCUGUCAAUGCUUACGUAUCUCCCUCCAAAGUAGGGAGUCUUAACACACCCCAAAAAGGCAACUCGGAACGUUCAGAAGUUCAUGGUGACAAAAAAAUGGACAAAAUCAACAAACAUGAGGAGGAGACUGGCAAUUCCUUUCCAAAUAGAGAACAGCCAUAUGUGGCCAAACCUGGACAAACCAAAUCAAAAACCACAGACCUCUAUUCUCAGGAAAUGUCCAAACUGUAUGCUAAUAUGCAGUGUCAUGACCACACUCCAAGAAUUGAAAAGAACAUGUCUCCUGAAGAUGACAAGGAGGAAAUGGCGGACAUGAAUGAGACAGGUGACCACAUUGACCUUAGCAAAAUGGAGGAUGAAAUGGAUACGAGUCAAGCACAGGAGGGAGAACCAAUCCAACAGCUGACAACUGAAGUCCAUUGUGCUUUGUGCAACAACUGGUUUCUAAACAUGAGCUCAUAUACUGUGCACAUGGCAAAGCAUGCUAAGAUGAGCUCACCAUUGCUGGGACUAAAAUGUGAAAAGUGUAAGAAAAUGUACUACUAUGAAAUGGAAUUCAAAGCUCAUAUACAGGCACACAUAGAAAUGCUAAAGGUUUACAAGUGUCGAGUUUGUUUCAAGCCAUUUGCAGAGAAAUGCGAGCUGCAACGUCAUAUGAAAAUUCACAGGGAAAAAAAGGAGUUUUCCUGCCACUUCUGUGGGAAAGAAUUCCACUAUACCUUCAACCUAAAGAAACACAUGAGAACUCACACAGGUGAAAAGCCAUAUAGCUGUAUCCUUUGUGAGCUCAAGUUUACUCAUAAGAACAGCUUGAACCGCCACAUGAGUCUGCAUACCAAUGAGACUGAGUUUGAAUGUUGUGUGUGUGACAAGGUAUGCCUCGACCGAUGGACUCUACAGAAACACCUGGCAUCCCAUCAGAUCCUUACCUGUACAGUAUGUGAGCAGUCCUUCACCAACAGUAGGCAGCUCCAGGAUCACCAGAAAACUCAUACAGAGACAGCGAAGGAGACCUCAGUUCCAGAGGUCCCAAACAGUCAGGAAAAUAACGGGUCCAAAUCAAUAGACUCUGCUCAAAGUAACACUGAAACAUUAAAGACUGACAUAGAAAUCAAACCAGAUCCUGACCAGAAACCAAAGGCUAAGCGGGUGAGGAGAGCUGUGGAGACACAGUGUGAGGUCUGUCGUAAAGUAUUCAAGAACCCCGGAAACUACAACCGCCAUCUACAGUCCAAAGAGGGAAUGCCAGUUCAGACCUGUGACUUGUGUGGUCACCAGUUCCAUGAUGUGUAUGAUCUUCUGAGGCAUACCCGACAAGUCCACUCCCAAACCUCAGACACCAAGGGUUAUAUCUGUCAAGUCUGUGGACAAAACUAUCCAGAUCUGGCACUGCUUACAGAACAUAUGUCAGAGCAUCUGCAGAACAUAAACAAAGCUGGAUCAGCUGGUUCCAAGCACCUACUGAACAUGAACAAAGCUGGGUCAGCUUCAUCUGAACAUAUUCCAAGAACAGAUGGAUCCCUUUCUCUGUAUUGCUCAGUUUGUGGAGAAAAAUUCCUCAAUCCAAUAAUGCUGAAUUUACACAUGAUGGAGCAUUCAUCCUCAAAGAGAAUCUCAGAGAAUGUCCUUGAUCUAUCCCAAUCGAAGGAGGAUGCCAGUCAGUCUCCCCCAAGAAAACGUCUAAAGUUAGAAACAGUCGAAAAUACAGAAACACAGGAGUACUAUGACAGUGAUAAGGAAAAUGAACCACUUAAUCUAUCCAAAAAGAAAUACUCUCCCAAGGCCAAGCCAAAAGUUCUGAGGGUUUGUCAGAAACAGGCUGUGCCAGUCCUCCCCAGGAUCAGUAGUAUAUCACAGGUCACAAAUAAUGUGUCACGUCAUCAGAAGUCCAAACCAACGACUAGUUCAGAGAGUGUUGGACUGGACUUGUCCUGUAAAUCAAAACCGUCUGAGGCUUCACAGGGGAUUGUUGCUGGAGACCAAACUAAGGAACAUGAUCAAGAGACAUCUAAACCAGAAUCUGCUGACAACUUUACAAAAGGAGCAGAGAAAAAUGAAACACAAUCUUUGGACUGUGAAGAUAGGGAUACGCCAAUGAAAUCACCAGCCAUGAGUUCGAAUGUUGCCAUGGAUAUGACCGGAGAAGACUUCCCAGAUGAGAACUCAAACUUAACUGACAAAAGUGACCACCUAGAUCAGUCCUCUGACCGCAGCAGUAGGCCAGGUUCUCCACCAAUACCUCUGACCUGUGAGUACUGUGUCAUGACCUUUAGUGACCCAGUGACCUUGAACAGACACUUGUCCUCACACUACAAGGAAUGGGCAUUCUACUGCAACUAUUGCAACAUGAUGUUUACAGAGAGCACCAGCUAUAGAUCCCACACCCCUAUACACCCCUCCCAUGCUCCAUACAUGUGUAAUGUGUGCCACUCCCACUUCUCUGACAGAAUCAGCCUCGGGGCACACCAAUCCCAGGCCCACCCUCAGGAGAAGCCAUUCCAGUGUGGAGUUUGCCAGAGGAGGUUUCCAGUCAAGUCUUACCUAGGCUCACAUUGCCGAACUCACCUGACAGAGAGACCGUUCAAGUGUAGCAUCUGUGAGCGCACAUUUGUGCACAACUUCAACCUGACGAAGCACAUGAGGACACACACUGGUGAGAAACCCUACAAAUGUGCAUGGUGUGAGAGGAAGUUCAGCCAGAAAAAUAGUCUGAACAGGCACGAGAAAAUCCACAUGAGGGAGACUCCAUCAAAGGAAAGCCUGCAGCCUGUGUCAGGAAGUGGUCAACUUUUCAGCCCAGCCCCAGGUCAGGAGGAUACUACCCAUGGACAGACAACACCCUGCAAAUCCGAUAGAUCCACCCCUGUCUCUCUCAACAGCCCAGAUCAGACCACACCUCAUAGUCAGCACAAGAACUGGUCCAGACAGAAUCGGUCUAGAAACAGCUCCACCAGCUCAAAUGGAACACACCGGGCAACACCAGAUCCAACCUCUCAGGACGGGAUCCACAGCCUGUCUCCCGAGAUCCUACAGCACAUGUACCUACAACAGUUGGCUGUGAUACAGUGCAUGGUGCAACAACAACAGCAGCAGCAGCAUGAAAACAACGUGAACCUGAUGCAGAAUCCCUUUUUGAUGGCAGCCUACAUGCAGCAGACGCACAUGCUACAGCAGAUGGCAGACAGGGAUCCAAACAUGUUUCCAUACCAACCAGCCUCGAUGGAAUCCAUGAUAUCUUCCCACUCCAAAUUGAUGGAGAAUUAUGGGAAAAACCCACAGCAGCGGAAGAACACGGAUCAGGCACUCUCUCCAAGAAGUCAUGAUCAAGGGACGCAACUAUGAACAGUGCUUAAACAAUGACCAUGUCAAGGGUACAGAACUAUGCAGAUUCAUAACAAGAGAAUCAAUGUUGGACAAAUAUAUAGUGGACUUAACUUUUCUACUCAUAUUAAAAAUGAAAGUAAUAUGAAAAUGGCUCGGUAUUUUUUGUGUUCAAAGCAAUAAGAAAAUAGGUUUAUGUAGAAACUGCAUCACAGUAUAGGGGGAACAACUCCUGGUGUGUUCCUAUUUAUUAAGAUGUUGUGAAUAUCAUUUUCUGUUGAUUUACGAGUACUAUGUCCAUUUUAGUUUUUUCAGUCAAAAGUUUGUAACAUUAUGGUCUAUCUCAAUUUUAGACAACUAAGACCCGGAUGUAUGCUACUAUUUUUGUAUCGUUACUUAUUGAGUCCAGAACUAACUAGGAGACUCACUUUUAGAAGGAUACUUGAUAAUGAAUUUUUUUCUCUCUUUGUAUUGUCACCGAACUAAGUUUCAUUUACAUAAAGAUCCUGUUUUCUUAGUAACAAUUAUUUUGAUGCUUCAGAUUUUCUUUUUUGUACUAAGAAUUCAAAAUGUUUAUUGAAAUAUAUGUUUGCAUGUAGCAUGUUCUGAUAAUAAAUGAAUGAAAUCAAUAAAAGUUAAGAUACAAUUGCA